AGAUCUCUUAAACCCUAAACCCUUUCAUCAUCUUCUCAGCGAUGAUGCUCGAUGUUCUGCUCAUCCACCGUACAGCGCCGUUUGCUUACCCGCCUCAUCUCUGGUAAGCCUGUCGCCUUUUCCUCAGCCGGUUGCGCUUCCGUCAGGGGCAUCCCGGAAGACGACGCCGUAACGCAAAUUGUGGGCUAUUUUAAUUAUUCUCCCCCUUGCCACAACACUAAGUUCUUGAUUAAUUCCAUAAGAACCGAUGUUUGGUUCAGGAACGAAGUUGCUCGAUCGGGCCCUUCUGAAAUAGACGCCGUUCUCGAGAAACUGAGCCCGGACUAUGCAAUUGACUUCUUCUCAUUGCUGCAGAAGGAAUUUGGGUUCAAACACUCACGAAACUCCUGGUUUAUCAUAGCCCACAUUUUGGUGGAAAAGAAGCAGUCCCGUGCAUUGAAGUGUCAUUUGCAGAAUAUGCUUCAAGAGGAAGAUUAUUUUUUAAAAUUUUUUCCAUCAGGCUCUGGAUCUGCACCCUUACUUUGCGACCUCCUUUUGAAAUGCUUCAGUGGGUGGAAUUCAACUCAUUUGGUGUGGGAUAUGCUAGCAUUUGUUUAUUCUAGAGCUGGCAUGGUUCAUGAUGCACUUGUUGUCCUGUCCAAGAUGAAAGAUUUUGAUAUCCCGCCGUCAGUUGAGACUUACAAUAGUUUGAUGCACAACUUGCGGCACUCUUAUAUAAUGCAGGAUGUGUACAGGGAUUUAGAAGACAAUGGAAUUCAUCCAACUGAUUACACAAAUUCAAUUUUUCUUGAUGGUCUUUGUAAACAGUCUCUCAUUCAUGAAGCAAUUCCAUUUCUGCAGAAGAUAAAAGAGAAAGAGACUGAGCCUUGUGUUGUGUGGUUCAAUACGCUGAUGUCAAGCUUCUGUAGAAUGGGAUAUGUGGAUAUCGCAAAAUCAUUCUUCUGUGUUAUGGUCAAGUCUGGAAUUUCUGCGGAUGCAUAUAGUUACAACAUUCUUAUUCAUGGUCUUUGUGUUACUGGUUUUCUGGAAGAAGCAAUAGACUUUGCAAUUGACAUGGAAAAACACGGAUUGGAGCCUGAUGAAGUAACUUAUACCAUCCUUGCCAAAGGAUUUCGCCUACUUUAUCUAAAGGGUGGAGCAGGGAAGGUUUCUGAGAAAGUUCUAAAUAGAAACUCAAACUCAGAUCUAACUUACACAAUUCAAAUUUAUUGGCAUUGCCAGUUCGGUAAUGUCGAAGAGGGUUUUCGCCUGCGUGAGGAGAUGCUAUCUAAGGGUCAUAAGUUAAAUGGUAUUUUGUACCGUGUGCUGUUCAGCACUUUGUGUAAGAGCAGGAUGGUAAAAGAAGCUCUACUUUUGCUUUCUGAGAUAGAAAAUACUGGUUUUAAACCAGAUGCUUUUAUGGGUUCCAUGAUUGUUCAUGGCCUUUGCAAGUUGGGAAAAGUAGAGAAAGCCAUCCAACUUUACAAGGAAAUAUGCGUCGAGGAAUUUGCCUCGAAUCCACAAGGAUCUAUCUCAUUAAAAAAAUAUGAUAUAUUGACCAAUAGUGAUAUGAUACUGGAUGUUGCAUCGUACAAUACAAUGAUCGAUAGAUACAUGAAACUUGGUGAUAUGGGAGAGGCUAUAAAGUUGUACGGAAAAAUGUUGGAGAAAGGAGUUUCACCGACUAUAGUUACGCUCAAUUCUCUAAUAACUGGAUCAUGCAAAACUGGAAAGCAUGCUGAUGUGAAAAAGUGGCUAGCUGACAUCAAGAUGUAUAAUUUGGUGCCUACUGUUGCUACUUACACGACCCUUCUUAAUGCGUUUUUUGAAGUCGGAGAUACGAAAAAUGCAUUUGGGCUUCUUAAGGACAUGAAAGCUAAUGGUGUAGAGCCCAAUAAAGUAACUUAUUCAGUGAUCAUGAAAUGCUUUUGUAAGCAAGGAAAGCUGGAAAAAUCUGUUGAGGUUCUCAGAGAUAUGAUUGCUAGGAAUCUUUCUCCAGAUCAAGGUUGUUAUAAUAUUCUGAUCAAGUAUUUUUGUAAAGCCAAAAAUUUCAAAAGAGCAUUUGAGUUGCAUGAUGAGAUGGUGCGAUUUCGUAUUAAGCCGAAUCAGGUGACUUAUGACACUCUUAUCAAUGGUUUUUGUGUGUAUGGAGACCUUGGUGAUGCUGAAAAAUUAUUUUCUUUUCUCAAAGGCCAAAAAUUUAGAUUGUCCAAAGUUGCUUAUACCACACUUAUAAAAGCACAUUGUGCAAAGGGGGAUGCUUGGAAGGCUUUGGCCCUCUUUCAUCAAAUGUCUGAAGCCGGGUUUGAAAUUUCUGUGAAAGAUUACAGUGCUGCAAUUAAUAGACUGUGCAAAAGAUCCUUACUUAGUGAUGUGAUGGAAUUUCUUCGAAUGAUGUUAGUUGAUGGUUUUUCACCUGACGAGCAGAUGUCUUCAGAUAUUCUUCGUUUUCUUGAUGAAGUUGAGGACUGCUUUUCCAAAUUUCAAAUAUAUGCUUUAAUUAUCAAAUGUGGCUAAGGUACCAGUUCUUUGUAUGAGAUGUAUUGUAACUGAGCACCUCACCAUCAAAUAUCCUCCCAAUCUGAGUGCUUGGAUAAGCCAGUCGCUCUAUAUGGUUGACUACUUGUGCGUUUGAUCAAGACAUAAAGUGAGCAUGCAAUAUCUUGCAAAGUAUACGUUCUGCAGUCGACUGGUCCCAGUUCAAUCUGUGGCCAUUACUGGUAAGGAAACUCAGACUCAAUCAAGAUGCUGGACGAUGAGAGCUUUGUGAGCACGGUUAUUAUGCUGCCGAGACUUUUCACAGAAGCUCCAUCUGUGCUUCGAGUUUCUGCUUCAUCCUGAAACUAGUUUCAUACUCUCAAGGAGUAAGGAGAAGAAGUUCGAUUGACACAAGUCCAGUAUCUUGGCUACUUUUUCCAUGGAAACAAAUCGAUUCCAUUGAGGAGGAAGCAUUCACCUGAUCGAGAUCUGUUUUUCUCUCAAAUCUUAACCUAUACAGUAAGAAGAUUGUAAUUGCUUCUCUUCCUAGUUAACAAGAAAAUUAUGAGAUAGAUAAAGGUGUGUUUUGCACUAGCAGCCAUGUACUAGGAAUAGAGAAAGGGGAUUAGAAUAGUAUGAACAACCAGUUUAUAAAUGCCUUCUAGGAAUUAUCACAGUUACAUAGCUCAACAUGUUUUUCAAUUUUUCUUUCAAACAAGAAAUUCACAAACCAAGAAAUCAAAAUUCUUGAUAUCCACUUUAUUCGACCCAGUACUUGUUGCUCCAUAGGCUGAAACAAAGCAAAU